AUUGGCAAGACUUUCCUUAUUCGUUCCUACCAAUUGUAUUACUCAGUUUUCGUCCGUGUACGCAAUUUUCUGGACGUGUAUAGAAUCAUUACUACAUUUUUGAUGAAUUCAGAAGAAGAGAAGUGCGUUGCGAUAAAUAUUAUAAUGGUUGAAAGUGUGAAUUUAAAAGUUCUGCCACUUAAUCUUCAUCGAUAAGUUUAAUGACUUCGUCCAAAUACAAUUACAGUCAUGUAUGAAUGUAUUGCCUAUCAAUAGGAACUCAAACUACACUUUGGUUAUAUAUCUCAUCGUUAGAUGAUGCUCUGUACGGUCGAUCAGUUACCAGUGAAAAGUUAUCAAAUAGCUAUGGUAAUAUGUAAACGUAUGAUUGUUUCAAUUUGAAAAUGGAGGUUAUACGAGAACGUUUAAGGGAAGCAAUUAAUACAGAGAGAAAGGAGCAACGUGCUAUAGUGGUUAAUAAAAAUCGUCCUGCUCUUGGAGAAUGUAUAGAAAAUACAUCUUAUUCUUCAAUAUUUGUUACACAAAUGGCAAAGAAGCUUAAAAAGAAGACACUUAAUGUUAACGAUUAUCGACGUUUGCAAAAUGCUUUAAUUCAGUCAGAAUUAAAUAUUGAAACAUUAUUAAAAGUUGAUAAUAUAAUAUUUGCAUUGGCACGGGAUAUUUCUAGUAACAAUCCAAUUUCGCAAUUGGGUGCUACGAAUUGUUGUUGUAAUAUUGCUCUUAGUAAUACAAAAGCCUGCACAGCAAUAGCUAAACAUGUAUCUCCAUAUAUAAUAACAGAAUGCGAAAGUUUAAACCGUCCUUUAUUAGAAGUCUGUCUUUGGACUAUUGGAAAUUUGUCCAGUGGAAGUAAAAAAGCGUUUGAAAUUUUACAAGCACAAAAAUGUUUACAAUAUAUAAUUGUAUUGAUGCGUGAAUGCGAUAAUACCAUUCUUUCUUCUGUGAUAUAUGCAGCUUUGCAUUAUAUAUAUGGUGGUUUUUCUUCCAUUACGGAAAUUGAGUUGGUAGAGCUUGCAGAAGCAUGCAAAAACAGAAAUUUGUUAGAACAAAAUGCUAAUACUUUUUGGUUAUUGGCAUUAUUAUCUUCAAAUAUAGCAUGCAGCAAGUCCUUAUAUUAUGCAUUACCAUCUAUCGUAGAUUUUUUACAUCAGUCUGCUUCAAAUAAUUUUUCCAAUACUACUUUGAUUGCAGCGUAUUUACGUAUAUUAGCGAAUGUAUUGUCUAAUGCUUCUGAAGAAAUUGUGAAUAUAUUUUUAAAAAAUCCUAAAUAUUCUCACUUGGAUGUACAAAUUUUAUUAAGAGGAUUAUUGUUUCAUUGUCAUAAGUAUAUAAGAAAAGAAACCAUGUGGUUGUUAGGAAAUUUAUGCAAUCAUGCAUCUUCAAAUAUUAAUCAAAAAAUCCAAGAUAUCAUCUCAUUUUUGUCACCAUUAGAAGAAGUUAUUGCAUCCACAAUGAGAUAGUAUGUAAAUUCUUGGUUCCAUUGACUUGAAAUAUCCUCUAUACAUGGUACUCUUAUAAUGUUAAAAUAUAUAUUGCCCAUAAGAUCAGCAAUUGAAUUUUUUGUAGCUUUCAAACAGAUGUAAAAUAAUUCAUCGCAACUACAAUGUGAUCUGAAACAGGUAAGAUAAAAAAUGAUAUAAAGACUUUUUCACAUGUCAGUAUUAUAAAUCUACACACAUGUUCGUAUAUAUAUUAUUUAUUAUCCUUAUAUGCUAAGAUAUAUAAUAAAACUAUUUUUUAAAUACAUAUAAAUCAAAAUACUAUAUUAUACUUACUUAGUAUAUAAAGAAUUAUUAUUUAAGUUGUAACGUGAUGUUUGAGCUCUUACUUUUACAGGGCAUAAAUCAUGAUUGCGACAGCAUCUGUGAACACAAUAUAUUUGUAACAUUUAUUCUA